AUGGCGGGAGACAUUCCUACCUUCAAAAUUGGCAUCAAUGAGCGAGAAACACCAUUCAUUUUUCAACACGUUGUUAAUGGAACCAUUAUUAUUCCGGGAGCGUUUUACACGGAAGUGGCACUAGCUGUAGGGUACGAGGUUUUGCGAAUACCCCCUCAAACUCUGACAAUCAGUGCCCAUUACAUUCAACCCAUGAGUGUCCAGAAAGAAACAUCGGAAAUGAUAAACUCUCAGAUGUACCGUACUCACUUUCACCCGAGUGUUCUUGAUGCAAUGACUCAGGCUCUCUGCACUAUUGUGGGUGACUCUAAAACAAUGGAGGAGAUAAAGAUGGAACAAGUCUUACCAGCUGGUUUGGGAUCUGUAUCCAUGUUUCAGUCCCUGGAGAAAAAGAUGCUGUCCUACGCAAAAGUAGUCUCUAUGUCGCGUUCGAGGUUCUACUAUAACAUGGUAUUAAUGACUACAAAUGGGACUCUAAUCGCAGAGGUUAAAGACAUGUGUGUGAAAGUGGUUGGGAGAAACAGCGAUGAGGUAGACAGAAUUGGAUAUUCUCUCAUGUGGAGACCGACUCCAGUCGCUGAACCUAUCGAGUCUGACAUAAGGCGAAAUAUUGUUGUGAUCAGUGAAGACCAGAGUCUGGCAAAUGCGAUAAUCAACACUGAGAGUAAUGUUAGUUGUGUUCCAUAUCAUAUGGCAGUCGAUAAAUUUGACAUUGAAGAAGUGAAAAAGAGCAUCCAGGCAUUAAAGUCAAAAGACGAAAGCAGCGGAAUAAGUGCAGUUGUUUUUGCCCAAGGAUCUACUGUUGGUGGUCUUUCAGCUAAAGACAUAUUUAAUUACAUUUGCAAAAGUUGUGACAAUCUGCGUCAAUUACUGGUAUUCCUCUCGGAAGAAGACUACACGCUACCUGUUGCCAUCGUAACACGAUCAACACAAACGUCCACAUUUGAAUGUCCCGAAGAACUUAACAUCAACAUAUUUGGCUCUCAGCUGUGGGGAAUGGUGCGCUGUAUGGUUAAGGAAGACUUAUAUCCAUUUGUGCAGUUAAUCGAUAUUUCCGAUGAUUCCAGUGGGACCAUGUCGAUACUCGCUGAUUUAGUUUCAAACCAACUAUCGUCUGUUGGAAAGGAAAUAAUGAUAUCAAAGGGCGUCGUUCAUGAAUCGACCGUUGCGUUUUCCAGAGAAGUUACCUCAUCCGUACCCAGUGUUCUUCAGAACUGGAAUGGCUGCGAUAGCGUGAGUUUAGUAAACGCCGAUACGCACGGCAGCCCACAAAGCGAAGUUUAUCUUCAAUAUUCGGAUAUCAAAGACGAGCUUGAUCCCGAAAAUGUAAAAGUAUCCCUGGAAACAAUUCUUCUUCACGAAGAGACAUUUUUUCCCGUUACAAAGGCUAGUGAAAUGGAGGUGUGGUCGGACACAAAUGAAGAAAGUUCCAAAAUGAUCACAUUGGAGGCGGUUGGUCAUUCUGCUGACAGUAAGGAGCCUGUCGUAGUUUGCCUUCCGUUGGAAGUUAGCAACGAGGUGUUUGUGCCUCGACAGUGCGUCAUACCUAUAUCUGCUGUUCCCGGCUACCAUACAGGAAUAUUGACAUUUUUAGCCUUACUGUGGAAAGUACACGAAAACCUAAGUCGUCGGCGACAUACGAUUAUAAUAACGGAAGAGUCAUCCUAUCAUAAUGAAGGAAAACUUGUUCAAGACAUUCUGUCUCUUUGGGGCCUUAAGCGGUUGUCUCUAUGUCCCAAAACCCAUGCUCACCACAUAAAUAUAACUGGACCUAGUAACCUCCUACUGUUAGCUGAUUUAGACGAUGCUGUAAUCGGGAAAAUGCUAAGUAAUCCCCAUCUGAAAGGUAUCAUAUCAGUUAAAGGUUGUAAAGGGGACACGACUUCCCAGGGUUGUUUUGGCAAUGAUGGUGCAUUGGAAACCGUUCGUGUUAGUCCUAAGCAAGUAUACAAGUUUUCGAACAUGAGAAAAAUUCUACCCAAAAUUGUACAUUUUCUUAGUAAGAAGAAAAAAAAGAUCAGACGCAUAUUUGAAGGGCUUGGAAAAAAUCAUUUCCGUAAUUUUUCUAAAGGCUUACUAAACCUUCAAAACAACCACGCUGUGAAAUUAUUGGUGAAGCCAGAAAAUCUGUUCAGACCAAAUGCCUCGUACCUUGUUGUUGGUGGUCUAGGAGGCCUUGGGUGGCUGACCGUUUGCUUGAUCGCUGAGAUGGGUGGUGGACUCGUGGCAACUGUUUCCAGGAAGCCACCUUCAGGGGAAAUGCAGUCCAAAAUCAAAGAUCUAAAGAAAAACACUGGGGUUAAAAUCGUUUGCCUACAGGCUGAUAUAUCGGAUCAGGUAUCUCUCGCGAAGGCCCUUAAUGUGCUUCAUAAGAAUUUCAAGAAGUUUCCCCUGAGAGGGAUAUUCCAAGGAGCGGGUAUCUUAGAUGACGCCUUCCUAAUGCGGAUGCAGAAGGAAAACUUCGACAGAGUUUGCAUGCCCAAGAUUUUGGGAACGUACAACCUGCACGAACUCACUAAAUCCCUCCAUCUUGAUUACUUUGUCAUGCAUUCUUCUAUCGUCUCGAUUGCUGGAAAUCCUGGUCAGAGUAACUAUGGCGCUGGAAAUUCUUUCAUGGACACCUUUGCUCACUAUCGCCGUUCCCAAGGCUUAUCAGGACAGUCCAUUAAUUGGGGUCCGUUAGAGUUGGGAAUGGCCCUCAAUAAUGAGCAGAUUGCUCAACAGCUGGCAAAAUUUGGGUUUGUGUCACUAAACGAGGAGCAAAUCAGAAAUUGUCUAAUCCACACUUUAUUAACGAAUACUCCACAGAUAUGUUUUAUGGAUUUCGACUGGGUUGAUAAGUAUCGAUUUUUGUACUUGUCACCAGACAUACGACCAAUUAUUUUAACUGGAGGUAGAGAACUGGACGAGGAAGAAACCGCGAUGCGUCACAUAGACUUGGAGCUUCUAAAGCUUAAAUCCCCAGAAGAAAGGUUUAAAGACCUCUUUGACUAUAUAAAGGAAGUAAUUGCUCAGGUAUUAAACGUGGACGUCGAUGAAGUAACGCUGAAAACAUCUGUGGUAUCCCUCGGCUUGGAUUCUAUGUUGGCAAUGACAAUGGUAAAUCAAAUGAAGAAAGACCUCGCAGUGCGAAUGUCUCUGGUCAAGUUGCUGGAGGACUCCUCAGUGGAAACUCUCGUUAUGUAUCUUGACUCUGAAAUCAUGUCAGAGGCCGAUGGUAAAGACGACUUCGAAGCUUUCAUGGAGGACGGAAAUGGUUCCAAGAUGUCAGUGUUUGAAACCAUGGCUUAUGAUUUGCACAGCGCAUGGGGAGGCAGCAAAGACCUUGUGUUUGGGGCGGAAAUACACUUCACAAUUACAGCCCCUAUCGAAUGGAUGAAGGAUUUGCUGAUUUUGCUCAUAGGAAGGCACCAGUCCUUGCGGACAGUAUAUACCAAAACUGAAAAUGGCGUCGAACCUGUGAUAUUAUCAGAUCUGUCAGAUCUUAAUAUUAUCGAACUUGAACCCAGUAACCCAGACAACCUUGAAAAAGAAAUUUUUGAUCUAUCAAGAGAUCGUUUUGACUUGUCUGCCGAAUUACCAGUUCGCAUAAUUUGCACACAUAAAAAGGAAAAUUACAAACUGGGUUUUCUUUUUCAUCCCAUUUGUUUUGACCUCAGAGCUAUCGACCUUUUUUUUAUUGAUUUCAAAGAAGUCGCUCUGGCCAAGUCGAAUGGCCUUGAUUUACCUGCUCCCAGGCAUAUCAAUGUGGCUGCCGAAAUGAGAGCAACGUUGAUGCCCAAACUUACACCAUUGCAGGUAUUUUGGGAGUUACAGUUCAGGGGCAAAGCGGAUAUUCCACUUAUUUCAUUUUCCAAACAAACCGUUCAACCGGAAAUCUUGUGUGGCUAUCACGAAACUGUGACAAGGGACAUUCCGGAUAACUUACAAAAUGCCAUUGAGAAACAAAUGCAUUUGUGGAAGGUAACUCUAUUUCAGUUCGUGAUCAGCGCCUAUCAGCUUCUGCUUCAUUUAGCCAGUGGUGAAAAUACUUUGGCCGUGAGGACAUCCCAUGACACACGAGUACACAGUCCAGCACUGAAAAAUGUCAUAAGUAGGUGUGUAAACGGAAUUCCUUUGCUUGCAAGUUUUGCUCCGAAGGACACAAUUCAGUCUUUCGUCGUCUCCAAUUCAAAAACAAUCUCAGAAUGUGUCGAAAAUGGCAUGUUUCCCUUCAAAUUUAUCACGGAAAAGUGCAGUGAGGAGGUUACAGCAAAUCUCAGUCGCCAUGCUGUGGUGUAUGCAGACCUAAGCGGGCUUGAGACGUCUGGUAAAGGGCUGGAAGAGUUUGAGUUUAAAUUCAAAAGUCACGGACCUCUGAAGAUUGCCUAUGAAACAAGACUACUUUUGUUUUCAAGCAAAGAUGAGGCAAGACAUACUUUACGGCUUGAUUAUUUACCUAAUCUUGUGAGUUCUUAUGAUGGUAAUGCCAUUUUGGAAUCUUUGUUUGCUCUGCUGGAUUUCAUGGUCACGGAGUCGAGCUCUCUUAUUGAGGAGAUACCGGACAAUUUACUAUCAGUGACCGCACAAUCCUUACAUUAUGCUGCAGAAAAAACAAAACCAGUGCAUGAUACGCAAACAUCUAGCAAGUUGGAGGACGUGUCGAACGAGGAUGAAAUUGCCAAAAAUAUCAAUAAAAACAAUCAAGUGACAGAUAACGUUAAAAAUGGAAUUAAUAACGCACACAAAGAAAACGGAGUGAAAAACAGCAAGACAAUAAACAACACCAACGAAGACAGCAAAACAUCUUCAGGAUCACAAAUGAAGACUCCAGCGUGGCGUUUUAAGUUUGACGAUGACAAGAUUAAUAAAACCGGAUCCAUGAUAUUUGACGGUUCUUUGUUUACAAAAGCAACUCAACAGGGAUGGGAACACCAGGUCUAUCUCAAAGUAGACAAAUCUGACCAGAAGUCGUUGCUAAGAUGGGGGAACAUCCAAAGAUUGCCUCGAAAAGGCACUACCGUUAAAGGCAGUUAUGCAGAUCAGCUUAAACUCUUUGAAUGGGGCCUUUGUCCUGAUCGUAAAGACUCGGUCCAGACGGUUUUACUUCAAGACCAGCGAGAAAAACCAGGCGAGAAAUUGGAUGAACGGCCUGAAGGAAACUAUGGAUUCAGACACCAGUGA